AAGAAACUCUUACAUAUUCAAUUGUUUAUAAAGUGCAUAAUAAGAUUGAGUUGUCAUUUGAUGAAUAUUGGGAAGAACUAGGACAGGAAGGAUAUAUUGCAGCUAUAUUAGAUUCAAGGUUUAAAGACCUAAAUUUUGAAUCGAAAAAAUUUAA